CGAAAUUGUCAUUAGUAAUAGACGAUUGUGCAAAUGCGGACGGAAGGAUAACAAAUGCAUGCGAGCAAGCCUGCAAGCCUCACGCUUUGGCAUAAAUAAAAAAAAAACAUAACAAGGAUAAAAAUAACAGUAGUGUUGAGUGAAGAUUUUUAGGCAUAAGUGAGUGUGUUGUGUAAUUCUUGUAGACGGCUAGCGCUGUGGUAGCAUGCCCGACUGUUACGCGUGGCUGGCCGCGGUGUGCGUUUUGUGUGUGCUGAAUGUGGGCUGGUGCCGCGCAGCCGAUGACGAUGAACAUGUGCACAUCAAAGUGCGAAUGCCGGAGGUGGCGCGCAAGCAUAAAUCACACAAACCCUCGCAACAUAACCACCACAAGUACCACCACUUGCCACAUCACUAUUACCAUAACCUACACAAGCCGUAUUACCAACCGCAACUACACGCCCAGUAUCCAAAUCAAGCAGCAAAACACGGCCGAAGAGCCGUAAGACCAACUCCAUCAACUCCACCAAUAAUGUCACACAAUCACCACGAAAUGGGUGCCUACGGCGAUGAGUUGACUGCCGGCGGCAUAUCUGAGCACUUGUUGUAUACACCGGGAGCUUUCGAUUUGAAUCCCAACUAUGGCCCGGCGCUAUUUGGCAGCGGCGGUGGCGAGGGUAGCAAUAGUGCAAACAUGCAACAAGACGGUAUGUUAACUAUGCCGGACGAAACGCAACAGCUCGUACAACAUAUGGAACUUAUGAGCGCUUUGGCAGCAGCAGCGGCGGCAGCGGCAGCAACAGCAGGCACAAGCCGUGAGGAAGAAGAUGAAAACAGCGAUAGCGGUGCUACUGAGACAAACACAUCGUUGUCGGAUGACUUUUUAGCCGAUCUGCAACGUACUUACGCAAACGGUAAAUAUCCGACGACAAGUUUACGACGCAAGAAGAAAUACCGUGGAGCAGGGCUGUCGGAAAUAGGAGAUGCUGCGGCAGCAUUUCGUUUAAACUCAGCACCACAGCAACAACAUCGGCAACAGCUACAGCUAAUGCGACAACAAUACCAACAGCAACUAAAACAACAACAAAACCAGCAGCAACAAUUCUAUGGAGCCAAUUACUUUAUGCAACAGGCAAAGCCACAAGUGCAAAUGUUAAGGGCACCGCCAGUAAUUAGUAGCAACAACAACUACAACAAGUAUCAUAAGCACAUGCAUAACAAAAACAAGCAGCACUACAACAAUAAUGACAUUUAUACCACCGCAACAUCUGCUGAAGACAACGACACCGACGCGGACGAAGUUGAAGCUACAAAUGACGGCGACAGUGUUGGUGACGACGAUCACGACGACCACGACCAUGACUACGACUUCGAUGACGAUGCAACGUUGUUCUUUUCCAGCCGCGCUCCAACGACCACCGCCCUCUCGCCCUCCUCCACAGCCUACAACAGCGCUAAUGACUAUGACGAUGACGUGCAGCAAUUCGAUUACAAUAGCCACAAGAACAACUACUUUGAUGGAAUUGAAGGUGACGUCAAGAUAGGUGUUAAUCCGGUUAGUUAUCAGCCGACAACAGCCUAUGGAGCAUAUGCGGUAAUACCAUCAACACCAGCAACUGCUACACAGCACAAAAUUCGACCAUAUCGACAAUCGCAACAGCAACAACAUCGUUACACAGCAACACAGGCAUUUGGCAUUUUAGGUCAUCAACAAUUGCAGUCGCAGCAGCAACAACUCAUCACCACAGCACAACCAAUUAACGUCGUUGGUCCCACUGCAAGUGACUUUGAUGUUCGGCAGACACCAACGCAACCGCAGCAGCAGCAGCAUCACAAGUACCCAGUGUCACCACGCUACAAGAAACGCAAAAACCGCAUCAAACGAAAGCUAAAUCGAAAUCGCAUUCUGACGCAAUAAUUGCUUUUGCUGCGACGUCUAGAUGCUUAGCGACAGCUUGAAUUGUCACUGGUCAGUUGAAUAACUUCAUUUGCUACCGUGCUAACUACAUCACUACAGAACAACAACAACAUCCUCACAAUGCUCACUUUAGCAGCUCGAUCUUGUAGACGAAUUGUACCGUUAGUCGUUAUUAGUGUUGUGCUGUGAUAAUUGCAAAUUCGCACGACUAUUCCCAUAUUCCCUAGCUGCAGCUGAGUAAACAUUGCAUGUACAGGUGUGCUGGGAACAGAAGUAGCAGCAGCAAUAUACAUUUUUAGAUUGGUUAGCAAACCAUAGGCAGGUUAAGUGGAUUGACGGCCAGUCAGAAAGUUAUCACAUUUACGAUUAGCUUAAUUUAUUAACAUUCCCCUUUGAACUGUAGGCAAUAAUAGCGUUUCGCAUGUUUAAAAGUAAUAUCACAAAAAAAUGUCACAUGAAAAUACA